CUCCUCACGCUGCGGCCUGAAUCUCUCCCGCGGCUGCGAAGCCUGCGCUCUCCGACCCAGCGGGUCCACCGCGCUGUACCGGGACCGACGGGCGGGGCGAGCGGCGCGGACGGGACGCGGGUCGGCGGCGGAAAUCCUGAGCGCCCCUGUGCCUUGGCGGCGACGCGGCAGCCCCAGCGCCGCCUCUUCCAGCCACUCAGUCCCCAGGACAGCUCCUGCGACAAAAAACCUACCGGCCUCAGGGAUGCUGCCCCCGGGUUUCCAGGCCCCACCUCCGUAGGACCGAGCCAGGCUCCAGGACGAAAGCUGACCUAACGGACACCUUCCAGAAGAGUCCCCAGACGACCAGCUGGAAGGAGGACCGCGAGGGCGCGGGGACUUCUGACUGUUCUGUCAGAGAGGUUUGUUAGAAUCUCAGACGGGGAGGAGAGCUGGUGACCAUGGAGACAGAUUUGGCUGAAAUGCCUGAGAGGAGAGCUCUGCCUUCCCAGGAUUCUCCCCUUUCCCAAGAGAGGACCACAGAAGAAGUGGCAGCUUUGUGCCUAACAGCAAGAUCACAGGAAUCAGUGACAUUCAAGGAUGUGGCCAUGGAUUUCACCCCAGAGGAGUGGGGAAAGCUGGAUCCUGCACAACGGGAUGUGAUGCUGGAGAACUAUAGGAACCUGGUCUCACUUUGGCUUCCAGUUUCCAAAGCUGAGAACUACAAUUUGGAGAAUGGAAAAGAACCAUGGAUGUUUGAGGGAAAAAAAACCAAAAGCAGCUAUUCAGACUGGGAGGCUAGACCUGAGAGCAAGGAAUCAACUUCAGUGCAAGACUUUUCCAAAGAAGAAUCAUGCCAGGUUGCAAUAAUAGACAGACUGACAAGGAAUAGUGUUUAUGACUCCAACUUGGAAACCACUUUUGAUGGUGAAAAUUGGUUAGAGAAUCAGCAAGGAAAUCAGGAGAGGCAUUUGAGAGAAAUGUUCACCCAUAUGAAUCCACUGCCCAGGGAAAAAGCUCAUGAGCAUGAUAUAUAUUGGAAAAAUUUUAGUCAGAAGCCUGUCCUUAUCACUGAAGACAGAGUUCCCAAAGGAUCCUAUGCUUUUAAUAAACUUGAAAAAAAAUUGAAACAGAAAUCAAACUUAAUGAAAAGGCAGAGAAACUAUAAAGAGAAGAAACCUCAUAAAUGUAAUGACUGUGGUGAACUCUUCACUUAUCAUUCAGUGCUUAUUCGACACCAGAGAGUUCAUACUGGCGAGAAACCGUAUACUUGCAAUGAGUGUGGGAAGUCUUUUAGCCACAGAGCUAAUUUAACGAAACAUCAGAGAACUCAUACCAGAAUUCUCUUUGAGUGCAGGGAAUGUAAGAAAACCUUCAUAGAAAGCUCAUCUCUUGCUAUACAUCAAAGAAUUCACAUUGGAGAGAGACCUUAUGAAUGCAAUGAAUGUGGGAAAGGCUUUAAUCGAAGUACCCAUCUAGUUCAGCAUCAGUUGAUUCAUACUGGAGUGAAGCCUUAUGAAUGCAAUGAAUGUGAUAAAGCUUUUAUUCAUUCAUCAGCACUCAUCAAACAUCAGAGAACUCAUACUGGAGAGAAACCCUAUAAAUGUCAAGAAUGUGGGAAAGCCUUUAGCCAUUGUUCAUCCCUUACUAAACAUCAGAGAGUUCAUACCGGAGAAAAGCCAUAUGAAUGUAGUGAGUGUGGAAAAACUUUUAGUCAGAGCACACAUCUUGUUCAGCAUCAGCGAAUUCAUACUGGAGAGAAACCUUAUGAGUGUAAUGAAUGUGGGAAAACGUUUAGCCGGAGCUCAAAUUUUGCUAAACAUCAGAGAAUUCAUAUUGGAAAGAAGCCCUACAAAUGCAGUGAAUGUGGGAAAGCCUUCAUUCAUUCUUCAGCUCUUAUUCAACACCAGAGAACUCAUACUGGAGAGAAACCCUAUAGAUGUAAUGAAUGUGGGAAAAGCUUUAAGUGCAGUUCAUCACUUAUCAGACAUCAAAGAAUUCACAUUGAAGAACCCUAAGAAGAUACUGAAUUUGAAGAAAUGUCCCAUCAAGAAGAAGAACUGAAGCAACUGUGAGACUCCAGGUCAUACCUUCCUGUCAGAUAUGGAGAACAGCUCAUGGGACAGUGACUCACUUGAGGAUAAGCAGCUUCCCUCUAUGAAGAAGACUUUGCCAUUUGUCUGUCCCUCGUGUUUACCCACAUUUUUUGUUGUUCUCUCUAUAUGCCGAUUGGGCUUCGAUAUGUCCAGAGCCCGAAAGAAGUCGUAGAAAAAGAGUGAAACCACAAUUAUUUAUUGGACAUAAGUUAUAUGAGUGACCAAAGACCAGUGGUGGGAUUUGAGACACAAAAGCAAAACUUCAAAUAAAUAUUUAAUGAAACACUAUACCAAUGUCAGCUUUUUUUUAUUGUUACCCUCAUGUUUGUGUGAAAACGAUAGAGAAAAAAGUAAUCACAAGUUUCCUCUUCCUCCUCUCCUGAAGUCUAAUCCUUCAUGACUCUCCAGCAGCCAGUCCAUACUCCUCCCCUCGCAUUAUCCCUGUUACCAGUUAAAAUUCCCUUUCAGUAGACCUUAGUUCUACUAUUAAGGAAAAGUAGUGGAUAGACUUUAAGGAAGUGAUGGUGGUGAAAAACAGGAUCAUUAAUAAUGAAUACAGUAUACAUCCAGCAGUGAUGGAAAUCAAAGAAAAUAAAAUGUAUGGAAAGAAUUGGGAAGAGUUUGUUUUUGGAAUGAUAACAGAAACACUGAAGAGGUUUGAGGUGGGUGGGAAGGCUCAGGGUCUGAAAGGUCAGGUUAGGAGAAUGGCUGAUUCAGGAACAGAUUACAGGAACUCUUUAAUCAUCUUAAAAACUCAGUAGUAAUGGUCUAAAGCAGGAUUGACAAACUAUAGCCUGUACCCCCGGCCACGUGCAGCCCAGUACUUAGUUUUGUAAAUAAAGUUGUAUUGGAACUCAGCCACAUUCAUUCAUUUACUUGUCUGUGGUUGCUUUUGUGCUGUAACAGCAGAGUUGAGUAGUUGGAGCAGAGAUCAUGUGUCACAAAAAGCCUAAAAUAUUUACUAUUUGGCUCUUUACAGAAAAUAUUUGCCAACCCCAGGGCUAGAGCAUCCAUGUUAAGGAGUGGGGUAGGAGAGUUAAACCAGUCAGAGCAAUCUGAUAUAAUGGAGAAGCUGUAAUGGCGGUGAUCUUAUCCCUCACUAGGGACUGAAGACAUUAUAUGGCCAGAAUCAGAGCAAGUCAGAUAAACACCUCCAGUGGUUCUACUCAGUACCUCAGUAGUACUGUCCUCCAGUUGGUUUUUUUAAAGGCUGCAGAAUAGUCUUUUUUUUUUUUUUUUUUUUUUUGGUGUAUGUAUUAGAGCGUGAAAAAUAGAUGUGAAAUGCUAUUCUUGUUUCUGUUUGGUGCCGUUCCUUACACAGCCUCCUUGAGACCUCAUGGAGCCUACUCUUUUUCUUCUGAGCAUGACUUAAACCAGGAGCUAUUUAAUGGUUCCUGAGGAUCAAGUUUGCAGUCUAAUUGCAGUUUAAAUAGUGUUAAAGAACUUGCUUUAAGUUAGUUUUACUG